AUGAAAAAACAAUUGAUUCUCUGUUUCCUCUGCGCUGUCAUACUUUUUCUAAUCAUGAUCUCGAUCGACAACGAUUUCAUUCAACGCAUCUCGCCAAGCACGAACUCGGACGAUUCUAGCGACGUUUCUUGCUACGAGGUACCGAACACGUCGGACGGUCUUCCGGAUUUCGAUCCGGAGUCAAAAUCCGACAAACCGAUAAGGGAUAGGAACAUAUUCUUCCACGAGACAUCCUGCUUCGACGACGGCGGUCUCAUCUUGAAGGCCCGACAAGCGUGCGCCGUUGAAUCCGCGGCCAAAAUGAACCCGAACAUGAACGUCUACUUAUUCUUCGUCUCCCCAUCGGGUAUCUCGAAUCAGUCGAGGGAGAUGUUCAAUCAGCUACAGACGUAUCCGAACAUCAGGAUCAGGCGUAUCUAUCCCGAGGAAUACGUGAGGAAAACGCCCUUGGAACUGUGGUACAAAAGCGGCGUGCUGAGACGAAGUCUGUGGCCAAGAAGUCACAUGUCGGAUAUACUGAGAUAUCUGACCCUUUGGAAGUACGGGGGGAUAUAUUUGGACCUGGAUGUUGUCGUCGUUACAUCCCUCGAGCGUUUGGCAAACUUCGCCGGAGCCGAAGACUGGGACGCCGUUGCCGCUGGCGUGAUAGGAUUCGACACAUCUACGCUGGGCCGUCGCGUCGCGGACGCUUGUAUUCGGGACUUGAAGACCAACUAUCGUGGCGACAUUUGGGGUAACAACGGGCCUGGGGUUAUCACGAGGACCGUGCAGAAAAUUUGUUCCACGAAAAACGUCAGAGACAUGACCACCACCCGCUGCCACGGCUUCAAAGUGUUCCCACCGUCAGCUUUUUACCCGGUGCACUAUAAAAAGUGGGAAAUGUAUUUCGAGACGAAGGACAAGAACACCACCAUGAAGAUGCUAGAGAAAGCUAUGACCAUUCACGUGUGGAACAAAUUGAGCAGAUCGAGACAGAUUCGUGUAAACAGCGAUGUUCCUUACGCGGUCGUCGCGCGGGAACAUUGCCCGAAGGUCUUCAAUAAUUGCGGGGAGACAUUUUAA